UUAAUUAAUUUAAUUAAUCAAUUUAAUUAAUUCAAUUAAAUUAAUUCAAUUAAAUUAAAAAUUAUAAUAGUAGGAAAUUGGUAUCCAUUCAUACGAUAUAUUUUAAUUUAUGAAAAGAAAAAUUUAUGAAGAAAAUUAAUUUAAACAUUAAUGGUAAUUAAUGAUUAAUUAAUGGAAUUUAUACAACAACGUGCCUAUGAAUCAAUGAGUUUUCUUGAUUUUUAUUCAUUGGAAAAUUAUUUACAUCAAGGAUAUCAUAGAAUUGGUUCAAAUGCAAAUGAAGGGAUAUUAAUGAGACAAGCAAUAUAUCGUUUGUCAAUUAGACAAAUUCAUAUUACACCAUUAAAAAUAUCAGAAAUAUUAUAUGCAACUGAGAAAAAAAACAAUAAAUUUAUUCAAAUCAUAUGAUGAUAUAAUUAGUGGCAUUUUAUUCCUCAUCUAAACUUCGUCUAGAAAUGGACAAAAAUGAAAAAAAGGAAGUCAAACACCCUAGAGAAAAUGCAAAUAUUUUUUCAGUUCUCACCUUUUCAUGGUUGUAUAAAAUUUUUUUUCUCGGAAAUAAAAAAGAAUUGGAGGUAACUGAUCUUUAUUCACCACUUAAAGAACAUUCUAGUCAUCGUUUGGGUGAUAAUUUAUUAAAAAUAUGGAACAAUGAGGAAAUAAAAUGUCAAAAAAUUGGCAAAUCAAAACCAAAUUUAAUUAAAAUACUUGCAAAAUGUUUUGGUAAAAGAAUAAUAUUCAUUGGUUGCUUUCAAGCGUUCACUGAAAUUGUCGUGAGAAUAUGUCAACCGGUAUUUUUGGCAAAAUUAUUGACAUUUUUCAAUAGUGGCGAGGCAUUUACAAAUAGUGAAGUUUUUUAUUGGGCAGCUGGUCUUGUUUUAUGUUUAAUUAUUCAUUGUAUAAUUUUUAAUCUCGCACUACAUGGAAUGACCCAUAUGGGCAUGAAAAUUCGUCUUGGUUGCAGUACAUUGGUUUAUAGAAAAAUUUUAAGAUUAUCCAAAGGUACAAUUGACGAAGGUACAACUGUUGGUCAAAUUGUUAAUUUAUUAAGUAACGAUGUUCAUAGUUUGGAUUAUGCAUUAAAUGAUUUACAUUAUUUUUGGAUAUCACCAAUUCAGGCAAUUAUAAUUGCCUACAUUAUGUACACUGAAGUUAAAUCUGCAGCAAUUUAUGGAAUUUUAAUACUAUUUCUUUUAAUUCCAAUUUUAGUUUCGAUUGGAUUACACGUUCCAAAAAUAACGAUUAAAUCCUCAUUCAAGACUGAUGAAAGACUUCGUUUGAUGAAUGAAAUAAUUAGUGGAGUACAAGUAAUAAAAAUGUAUGCCUGGGAAAAACCAUUUUCACAUCUUGUUAAUCAAUUGAGAGCGAAGGAAAUUAGUGCAAUUAAAAAAUGUUCAUUUGUCGAUGCCGUUCAAAUGUCCUUCGACUCUUACAUCCCUCGUUUAUGUCUCUUUGUGACAAUUGUUACAUAUGCCUUAAUGGGAAAUCCUUUAUCAGCACAAACUGUUUAUAUUAUAACAUCAUAUUACAAUAAUAUGAGAUAUUCCGUGAAUAUCUGCUUACAAUUCAGUGUUCAAAGAAUUGCAAAAGCAAUGGCUGCCAUUAAGCGUCUUGAGAAUUUUUUAAAUUCUACAGAAAUGGAACAUUUAAAUAAUUCCACUGAUAAAUUAAUUACAAAGGAAAAUAUUGUCGAAUUAAAAAAUGCAUCGGCAAAAUGGUCAACAAUAUGUAAACGUGAUACAUUAAAUAAAAUUAAUUUUAAAGCCAUGAAUGGUUUAAUUACAGCAGUUAUUGGUCAAGUGGGUUCGGGAAAAUCGAGUUUUUUUCAUGCAAUUCUACGUGAAUUGCCACUAACUUCAGGUAGUCUUUGUGUUAAGGGAAAAAUUGCCUACGUGAGUCAGGAGGCAUGGAUUUUUGCCUCAAGCAUUCGACAAAAUAUUCUCUUUGGUCGUCCAAUGGAAAAAAAACGCUACGAAGCUGUCAUCAAUGUUUGUCAAUUGGAUCAUGAUCUUGCAAUGUUUCCCGAUAAGGAUCAAACGCUAAUUGGUGAAAAAGGUAUAACAUUGAGUGGAGGACAACGAGCUAGAAUUAAUUUAGCACGAGCUGUCUAUUCAGAGGCUGAUAUUUAUCUCCUUGAUGAUCCCCUAUCAGCCGUUGAUACACGAGUUGGGAGACUUAUUUUUCAACAAUGUAUCAAUGAUUAUCUUCGUGGUACGACGAGAAUUUUGGUAACCCAUCAGUUUCAAUAUUUGAAGAAUGUCGCCAAAAUUUAUGUCCUCAAUAACGGAUCCAUCGAAGCUAGUGGAACUUUUCAAGAACUUCAAAAUUCAAAUUUAGAUUUAAUGAAAGUUUUACAAGCAACUGAUGAUGUUAUUGAUGAAACGGAUGACAAUUUGGAUAAUCCGCCAUUGAUAACUGAUGAUGAUCCAUUGGAAUUGAAGAUACAGGAACAGGAAGCCGAGGAAUUGGGUGAACAUCGUAGUUUUGGAAGAAUAUCCGGAAAGGUCUAUUUUUCAUAUUUCAAGGCCGUGGGUAGUUGGUGUUUUGUGAUAAUGAUGUUUGUCAUUAGUAUUUUGAAUCAAGUUGUUGCCAGUGGUGGUGAUUAUUUUGUUGCCGUUUGGGUGAAUGUUGAGGAGAAAUUAAAUAAAUCAAUUAUUCUCAAUGGAAGGAAUGACGAUGGAUUUGAUAGAUAUUGGUAUAUUGAGAUUUAUGGAAUUUUGAUUCUAUUGACGAUUAUUAUGGUCUUUGUGCAGGUGUUUGUGUUUUAUGAAAUGUGCAUGAGGGCAUCGCAGAGAUUGCACGCUUCAAUGUUCUCAAGAAUUAUUAGGGCGACGAUGGCAUUUUUUCAUAACAAUCCUUCGGGUCGAAUUCUAAACAGAUUCUCAAAAGAUAUUGGAGCAGUUGAUAGGCUUCUGCCAAUCAGCAUGUUGGACGUUAUACAAAUUGGUCUACUCUUGCUGGCUGUAAUCAUUAUCACAACAAGUGUCAAUCAAUGGCUACUUAUUCCCACCAUAAUUAUGGGUUGUAUUUUCUACAUUCUUAAGGAAAUCUUCAUCAAAACGAGCCGCAGUGUUAAACGCCUCGAAGGAAUAACUCGUUCACCAGUUGUCAAUCAUUUGAGUGCAACACUUCAUGGUCUUACGACAAUAAGAGCAUUUGGUGCCGAAAAAAUAUUAACCAAUGAAUUUGACAAUCAUCAGGAUCUUCAUUCAUCAUCGUGGUAUAUUUUUUUCUCAUGUACAAGAAUAUUUGGCUACUAUCUUGAAUUUCUUUGUGCAAUUUACGUUGGUAUUGUUGUCUAUUCAUUUAUAUUGGUCGACAUUGGUGAAAAUACGGGAAAUAUUGGUCUUGUCGUCUCACAAUGUAUACUACUCUCGGGUAUGUUGCAGUGGGGAAUAAUGCAAACGGCAGAUAUGGAAAAUCAAAUGACUUCAGUUGAACGUGUUGUUGAAUAUACAAAAAUUGAUGUCGAAAAAUGUCUCGAAAGUGGUCCUGGUAAUAGAAUUCCUAAUGAUUGGCCCAAGGAGGGUGGAAUUGAAUUUCGUAAUGUCUCGUUGCAUUAUAAUCCAACAAAGGAGGCGGUGUUGAAAAAUUUAAAUUUUACAAUUCAACCAAAGGAGAAAGUGGGAAUUGUUGGAAGAACAGGUGCGGGAAAAUCGUCAUUAAUUACGUCACUAUUUCGAUUGGCACACUUGGAGGGUGAAAUUUACAUUGAUGGAAUACCAACAAGUAAAAUGGCACUCUAUGAUUUACGAUCGAAACUCAGUAUUAUUCCACAGGAACCAUUAUUAUUUGCCGGAAGUCUACGAAUGAAUUUGGAUCCAUUUGAUAAGUUUAAUGACGAGGAACUUUGGAGGGCUUUGAGUGAAGUGGAAUUAAAGGAGACAAUUGUCAAAAUGGAGGCUGGUUUGGAGGCGAGAGUUUCAGAUGGUGGAGCAAAUUUUAGUGUGGGACAGAGACAAUUACUUUGUUUGGCAAGGGCCAUUGUAAGAAAGAGUCGAAUUUUGGUAUUGGAUGAGGCUACGGCUAAUGUUGAUCCACAAACUGAUGAUUUAAUUCAAAAAACAAUUAGAAAACGAUUUAAAGAUUGUACUGUUCUCAUUAUUGCUCAUAGAUUGAAUACAGUUAUGGAUUGUGAUAAAUUUAUUGUCAUGGAAGCUGGAUCCAUUGUGGAAAUAAAUCAUCCUUUUAGAUUAUUGGAAAGAAAAGAAGGACACUUGUAUGAAAUGGUUCAACAGACUGGAUUCGAGAUGUCACAAGUGCUUACUAAAAUGGCAGAACAAAGUUAUUUGGAAGAAAAUAGGUGAAAAGGAAGAGAAAAGAAAAAUUAGAAGACAAAAUAUAAGUACUCAAUUGAAGUCAUUUAACAACAGUAUUUUUACAAAAAAAAAUUAUUUUUUUAUAUUAUUUUAAGAUGUUGAAUAGAUUAUUUUUUUAAGGUAUACAAAUAUUUUUAUCUUAUAUAGAGAAUACAAAAUAUAAUUGCUAGAUGAAAGUUUUAAUUGUAUUUUUAAUAAAAAUUAUUAAUAAAAAAGAUAAAAAAAAUA